AUGUCGAUUAAUAUAUUAAAAAAUAGGUCAAUUAAUACAUCAAGGCAGCUAAGUGGCAGGACAGUGCGGAAUAUGAGUCAACAAACGGUAGAAAAUAAUAAAGAUGUUGUCUAUAUUAAGAAAUUAGAAUUGGCAACUACUGUAGGAACAGAUGCUUGGAAUCAAAUGUCUAAACAAAAAUUACUGGUAAGUUUAAAGAUGGAAACAGAUUUUCGAAAAGCAGCAAGUAAUGAUGAUUUAAAUUACACUUUAAAUUAUGCUUUAAUUUCCAAACAAAUUGAGAACUUUGUGAAUAAUACUAGACAUGGUAAAUGGGACUCUUUGGGAUCUUUGUCUAGAAAUUUAUCAACACAUUUAAUGAAAAAUUUCAAAGGUAUUGAGAAAUUAAACUUACAAGCUAAUUUGAAAUCUUCGCAUUUAAGAUGCAAUGACUUCACGAUUGCUAUUAAUUCCAAUAAAAAUAAUGACGAGCUACAAGAUGAAUUGGUAAUAUCAAAUUUGCAUGUUCUGACUUUGAUUGGAGUUUAUCCUUUCGAGAGACUAAAUAAACAAAAUGCAACUCUGGAUAUCAUAAUCCCAUGGCAAAAGAAAGAUGUCUUUCAACCUCCAUAUAAGAAAAUUAUUGACAAGGUAGUAGAUUAUGUCGAAAACUCAAAUUUUUUAACAGUGGAAGCACUAGUUGAAAAUGUUGCCAAAGUUAUCUCUAUGGAUAAAUAUUUUAAAAACCUACAAAAUAAAGAAGAUAUAAUAAUUAGUGUAAAAGUACUAAAAUUGAACGCUAUCACGCAAACAGAGGGAGUUGGUGUUAGUUGCAAAAGAAAUCUGUUAGACUUAGAUCAGUUAGAAUUGCCUACGAUCAACAAUAAUGUUGUUAACGGUGAAAAAAAUAAUGCAUAUGAUCUUCCUAGUCAAAUAAUCAAUAAUUUUUCCAUCACACAUGAUGAAGGAUUCAAUACUGUUUAUCUUGCAUUUGGAUCAAACGUAGGUGAUGUGUUUUCAAAUAUAGUUGAAGCUUUAAAAAUAUUAUCAUCAACAAAAGAUGUCACUGUAUCUAAAGUAUCAUCUUUAUUUCAAAGUAACCCUAUGUAUUUUGGUGAUCAAAGAAAAUUCAUAAACGGUGUAUUAGAAGUGAAGACAAAACUAAACCCAGAUGAGGUUUUACAGUUGUGUAAAAAGAUUGAAUAUGAAGACUUAAAAAGAGUAAAACAUUUUGACAAUGGUCCAAGGUCGAUUGAUUUAGACAUAAUUCUUUUUAUGAAUUCUAAAAAUGAAGAUAUUAUAGUCAGUACAGAGAAUUUAGUCAUCCCGCAUCCACGUAUGUUAGAAAGAUCUUUUGUCUUGGAACCUUUAUGUGAACUUCUUGAUCCUACAUUUUCUCAUCCAAUAACAACUGAACCAAUUUUAAAGCAUUUAGAAUCAAUUUACAGAUUACAAGAUGAAGCAAAUAUAUUGUGGAAAGUAACACCAAUUAUAAAUAAAAACCACUAUGGAAAACUCUCUGAUACUGAGAGGUUUAUGAAGUAUAAAAACAAUGUGAAAUUGGACCCUUUUAAAAAGACGUUGAUUCACCAAACAGUUUCUCCAACAUAUUUGAUGAGUAUCGUUAAUACGACGCCAGAUUCGUUUUCUGAUGGUGGUCACAUUUUCAAUGAAAUAGAAAAGCAAAUGAAAUUUGUAGAAACAGUAUACGAAGGGACUAAAGCAUUCAGGGAGAAUAUAAUAUUUGAUAUAGGAGGAUGUUCAACACGUCCAAAUUCUAUUCAAUGUUGCCAAGAAGAAGAAAUCGACAGAACCAUUCCAUUAAUUAAAGGCAUUAGAAACAACGAGAAGUUAGAUCAAUCGCGCAUCAUCAUUUCCAUUGAUACCUAUAGGGCUGAAGUUGCAAGACAGGCAAUUGAAGCUGGCGUUGAUAUCAUCAAUGAUAUAUCGGGUGGUUCUUUUGACGCAGAAUUAUUUGAUGUAGUUGCAAAGAACCCUCAAAUUUCGUAUGUGUUAUCUCAUAUUAGAGGUGAUAUAUCUACCAUGAGUAGCUUAAAUGAAUAUGAAGCUACUCCAUCACAAUCGAAUGAGAACAUCAAAGAAUAUCUAAAUGGAGAACUUAUCAAUGACAAUCUAUUUUAUCCAUUGAUUAGGAGUGUUUGUUACGAAUUAGCAAAGAGAUAUCAACACGCUUUACAAAAAGGGGUGAAACGUUGGCAAAUUAUCAUUGAUCCUGGUUUAGGUUUUUCAAAGAAAGGAAAGCAAAAUCUUGAAAUCAUUAAACAAUUACCUUUAAUCAAAAAUUAUUCAGUUGAACUACCGUCUUUGAAAGGUGAAGGAAACGAUUAUGUAAAUUUUGCCAAUAUGCCUAUACUAGUAGGUCCAUCAAGAAAGAAAUUUAUUGGUGAUAUGAUUGAAGAAUCAGAGCCAGUUAAAAGAGAUUUUGCAACAGGUGCUAUGAUUGCAUCAUGUGUGGGAUUUGAUACUAAUAUUGUGAGAGUUCAUAAUGCGGUAGACUGCAGUAAAGUGUUAAAAAUUGCAGAUGAACUUUACCGUUCUGACGACUUGCAAUGA